CCGCCGCUCGGGAUCCGGGAUGUCGAAGAACACGGUGUCGUCGGCCCGCUUCCGGAAGGUGGACGUGGAUGAGUACGAUGAGAACAAGUUCGUGGACGAGGAAGACGGGGGCGACGGCCAGGCCGGGCCGGACGAGGGCGAGGUGGACUCCUGCCUGCGACAAGGAAACAUGGCCGCUGCUCUGCAGGCUGCGCUGAAAAACCCCCCGAUCAACACCAAGAGCCAGGCGGUCAAGGAUCGAGCAGGCAGCAUUGUCUUGAAGGUGCUCAUCUCUUUUAAGGCUAAUGAUAUUGAAAAGGCAGUUCAGUCUCUGGACAAGAGCGGUGUGGACCUCCUAAUGAAGUAUAUUUAUAAAGGCUUUGAGAGCCCCUCCGACAAUAGCAGUGCUGUGUUACUGCAGUGGCAUGAAAAGGCACUUGCUGCUGGCGGGGUCGGGUCCAUCGUCCGAGUCUUGACUGCAAGGAAAACGGUGUAGCCCAGCUGGCCCUGGGCAUUGGCCGAGGUGUGCGAACUGCUGGUACCAAGACCAAAACCACCAAAUGCCCCCGCUGCCCGCUGGGUAGCCUCGGUGUCUGUCCCUCAGCUUUACCUUCUUGCUUCUUCCUUCUCCAUCUCUCUAAAGACGAAAAUUACACAUGCCAGUUUUUCAUGAAAUGGAGAUAAUACAGAGGAAAUUUUCUGGCAGCUGAUGUGUUUCAUGCUUCUCAAAACCAUUUCAGUGAUGUAUAUACCUGUCUGUUGGCAGUAUCAGUUACAUUCAGGUUGAAAUGUACAAUUUUAACUCCUAUUGGCUGAAUUUUGCUUUAGUUUAAAUCUAAUAUUGAGAGACUUUAUCUGAAUUUGAGGCCAGCGUUCUAACUCAUAGCUAGCCAGGCAGUGUGGUUCAUGCACACUCACGAAUGGCUGGCAGCUUUUAUCCCUACAAAACUGGACCAUAAUCCCCCCAAUUUAAGCAAACUAUUUUUGGAACAGGCGGUGGGUGAGCCCCACUACCAAGUGCCAGCCGUGUCUGGUUACCUCCAGACGAUCUGAGUGACGAGUGUAAAUGCGCUGCUUCCUCAGCAUCCAGGAAUCAUGGCUUCUCAGUUUCUCGUGGUCACCCAGGGUCCAGAGCAAGGACUUGCUCUAUCAAAUGAAUCUAUUGAAUAAAGAACCUGUUUAGCAUGAGCAUACCACUUUUGUUCUAAUGGCCCUAUUAGAAUAAGAGCAGCAACUAAAUGACCAUUGGGACUUAACAGAAAGAAUGCAGAAACUGGUGUGAUUCAAACUCUGGACAGCCUCUGAAUGAAAUGCUCUUUUCCAGAGGAAUCGCGUAUCUGUCUCAGACAGCAUGAGGUGUAGAACUAGUAGAUAGUAUGCCCUACAAAUGUUUCAGUAUUCUUCAGGGUAAUUGGGAUCUCAAAAGACUUGGUUCUGAUCCACACAAAUUACACAUUCCAUGUUUUAUCUCAGUGGUUUGUUUGGUUUUUUAAAAGAAAAGACCACACAGCAAAAAGUGUUUACUUUGUUGGACAAACCAAACUGGUUUCUCGAGAAAAAAAAAAAAAGACUGGUGCUUAUCCAAAACUAGUCUGAGUAGCUCCAAUACAGAUCCCCUACUGCAUAUGCCCAGAGAGAACCCCGCCUGUGUUUUAAGUACUCACGCGGCCCCCAGUUUCAUAAUCUCUGACUUCCAUGAAAGCUGGUGCAAAGGGCCUGUAAUCUCUUUGCUGUUUUUGAUACCGCUUUGGUUUUUGUUUUGUAAAAAUGAUAACAUUUCAGAAAAUAAAAUCAGUGUUGAAUAUUU